CACGCGGAAUCUGCUCAGUUCUUCAUCGGCUGACUCUGCUUGAUCAAGUCCACAUCAGAAAAUGCAUCCGUCCACUUUCCCUGCUACUUUUCUGAACAACUGCUCAGUCUUCUCAUCUCUUCUUUCCCCUUGGAGGUUCUCGCAUGAAAAUUGUAGAUGGAUGAUAGUGAUUCACCUCCCGUUGUCCAAGGAGCCGCUUCUUUGAUUCCCGUCGACCUCUUUGUCUCAAAGAAGCAUCCCGGAGUUCCACCGGGCGAUCUGGGUUUCGCCGAUUCCUCUGGGGAGAUACUUUUCCGGGUUACUCGUGUUCCUGUUUCCGGAGCCUGGAAGAUAGCGGCACCCUGCAAGAAGCUUCUGCUCGAUUCUUCUGGUAGUCCCUUGAUUUCCUUGCACCGCCUGGAUAAGAGGUCGUGGAAAGGAUUUGAAGGAGGUGAAGAUGCAGUAAAAGAUAUGAUAUUCAGAGUUAAAAGGACGGUGAGUACGCUUUGCAGAACUGAGCUUGAGGUGUUCCUUACUGGACAAAAUUCGGGAGAUCAGUCUAAACCAGACUUCAAGGUGAAAGGAUGUUGCUUUCAAAGAUCAUGCACCAUCUACAGUGGCGAUUCAAUUGUAGCCCAGACUAGCCUGAUGUACAAGCUUCACCAGAUACACGCCAGAAGGAACAAGUUUCGGCUGACCAUAUUUCCUGGAUCGAUAGAUCACGCACUGGUGGUGGCUCUGGUGGUGGUAUUCUUGUCCUGACAACUGUAACUUGAUUAAUUUAGCUAAUUCAUCACCAUGUAUCGGCAUGGAUUUGUAGCUAUCCCCGCAUAUUUUUAUACACGAAUGACUUCUGAUUCUUGAAGCUAACCACUUCUGAGUUCUGGAACGUGAUGUUUUGGCAAUAAUUCUGAGACAAACGUGAAGAGGAUUCAUUAUUCAUACACCCUUCUUGUUGUAUUAGAUGAAGUUUUGUAAUUGCUCAUUGGACCGAGAUGAAGUUUUGUAACACAUUGUUCUCGUGUGUGUUUUUUUGUCAUAAC